CCCACCCACCACUCCACCAGCUGCCAUUCCCCACUCACUCAGAGUGCUCUCUCUCUCUACCGCCGACAUUGGCUGUGGCCGGGAUUCGGCGCCUGCGGCGGCAGACUCGGAAAGAUCGCCGUCUUCGUCGCGCUUGGAUCGCCGCAAGGCGACCACCUAUUUACCCUCUUUUCGCUGCUCAGGCGAGAUCUUCGACGGAUCUCCGAGCGAGCGACCACUGGCUCCCGAUGCUCUCAUGAGCUUCGGAUUCCCAGCCCCGAGUGGAAUUUGGCCUUUAAAUAAUUAUCUGUUGUCUUGUUGAUUAAUCUUUUAUCAUCAAAUGCGGUUGUGUUCUUCAUGGAGCCGAUGAGGAACUUAUAGUUUGAUGUAGGCUCAUUAUGCUUAAUGAGCACUUCGAUGGGCCAAUUUCCAUUGAAAUUUCAGUGGCUUCUCUGUGUUAUGACAACUCUAGUUUGCAUGAGUAUGAGCAAUACAAUAACUCCAGAUGGUGAGGUUUUGCUUAGCAUCAAGACAGCUAUUGUUGGUUCAGAUGUUGUUUUUCUCAAUUGGAGACAAGAAGAUCCUGAUCCUUGUAGUUGGAAAGGUGUAACAUGUGAUUCUAAUACUAAGAGAGUUACACAUGUAAGGCUUGCCUACCACAAGUUGAUUGGUUCAAUAUCACCAGAAAUUGGGAAGCUAAAUCAUUUAAAGCUCCUAGCUUUGCAUGACAACAGUUUGUAUGGUGCCAUCCCUCCAGAGCUAGGAAAUUGCAGAGAACUACAAUAUCUAUCUUUGCAGGGUAACUAUUUGAGUGGAUUUAUUCCGCAAGAGUUAGGAAAUCUUUUGGAGUUGCAGACCUUAGACAUUUCUAGCAACACUUUGAGUGGAAGCAUUCCUCUAUCUCUUGACAAUCUCACAAAACUAAUGUCAUUCAAUGUAUCCAUGAACUUUUUGACUGGAAGAAUACCAUCUAAAGCUGUACUCCUCAAGUUCAACGAAACAUGCUUUGUUGGAAACCGCGGUUUGUGUGGUAAGCAGAUUGAUAUUAACUGCAAGGAUGAGAUUCCAUCGCCCUCAGGAAAUUCUCAACUUUUCUAUUCAGGUGACAUAAAGCGCACAAAGAAUUCAGCUAAGCUAGUCACUAGUGCUGUAGCAACAGUAGGAGCUUUGUUGUUAGUGGCAUUAAUGUGUUUCUGGGGAUGUUUCCUUUACAAGAAAUUUGGUAAAGGUGACAUUAGUGGCCCGGCAAUGGAUAUAAGUGGAGGUGCAUCAAUAGUAAUGUUUCAUGGGGACUUGCCCUACUCAUCAAAAGAUAUACUUAGAAAACUAGAAACCUUAAAUGAGGGAAACAUCAUUGGUUCUGGGGGCUUUGGAACUGUUUACAAGCUUGCUAUGGAUGAUGGAAAUGUGUUUGCUUUAAAAAGAAUAAUGAAGACAAAUGAAGUGCUGGAUCGGUUUUUUGAUAGAGAACUCGAGAUCUUAGGAAGUAUUAAACAUCGGUAUCUAGUCAAUCUUCGAGGAUAUUGCAAUUCUCCUUCGUCUAAGUUGUUAAUUUAUGAUUUCUUACCUGGUGGAAGCUUGGAUGAAGUCUUACAUGUAAGAGCAGAACAAUUGGACUGGGAUGCACGCCUUCACAUCAUUAUGGGGGCUGCAAAAGGCCUUGCAUACUUACAUCAUGAUUGUUCGCCUCGAAUAAUACAUCGUGACAUCAAGGCAAGCAACAUAUUACUCGAUGGGAAUCUGGAAGCUCGUGUCUCCGACUUUGGGCUUGCAAAACUCUUGGAGGAUGAAGAGUCACAUAUAACCACUAUAGUUGUGGGAACCUUUGGUUAUCUUGCUCCAGAAUACAUGCAGAGUGGUAGAGCUACAGAGAAAACCGAUGUAUACAGCUUCGGCGUGCUGGUGCUUGAGGUAUUAAGUGGAAAACGACCCACUGAUUCAGUAUUCAUAGAGAAGGGUUUGAAUAUUGUGGGAUGGCUGAAUUUCCUGAUAGUAGAGAACCGUCCAAGAGAAAUCAUCGAUCCCAUGUGCGAGGGAACACAGAUAGAAAGCCUCGAUGCGCUACUCUCAGUGGCCAUCCAAUGUGUGUCAUCUUCUCCGGAGGACAGGCCCACAAUGCACAGGGUGGUUCAGAUGCUGGAGUCAGAAGUGAUGACUCCCUGUCCUAGUGAUUUCUAUGACUCAAAUUCUGAUUGAGUUGUGUAUUAUUAUGUCUCCUCCCUCUCAAUUCCUGCAUUUGCUUCUAGUGGACAUGAAAUUGACAAAACCUGGGGAAGCACACUUAUUGUUAAUGCAUUCUCUCAAUUUCUUCCUUCUGGCCCUCUUCCUCUUUGUAGGACUCCAUGUGCAUCACUGUCAUGUCUUACACAUGUCGCUUGUUCAGCAAGAUUCUUGUUUUUGCUAAAUUGAUCGUAGAGUCGAUUAGCCGAAGGGGUGACAUGCUCUCUUUUGUCAAUUGAAGAAACAUCCGACAAAUUAUGUUGUUCAGUCAUAUCAAUUGUUCAUAAGACCAUACAAAUUCAGCUUUGCUGGUUAUUUAAUAAAAAAGUAUCAUUCAAAUCA